GACUGGUUGGAGAGUCAGGUGCCAGGGCAGUCCAGGUUGAGAAGUCAAAAAGGCAGGCAGCAAAGUGGGAGAGGCUGUGAGAGAGAAGAGCCUUGUCUUCUGCCUCCCCCCAGCACCAUGGGCUUUCUGGGUUGCCUCUUGAUGUUUACGCUGUUCAUGACCCUGAGUCAUGACUACAACUCAUCGUUGGCUUUCUUCAGGUUUAAAUCUGGCUGGUCAUGUCCUAAAGUCAACCUGAAGUGCACUUUCAAAUCGCCCAGUACUUGCACCUGGCACAGGGAUUGCAGAAGCCCACAGAAAUGUUGCCCAUUAAACUGUGGAAAGCACUGCCUAAGCUCCAGUGAUGAUCCAUGUACAGAGAAGCUUGAAACUAAGCCUUGCUCCAGCCCUUUGAACCAAUGGUACUUCAGCACUACGAAAAAUAGGUGUGUCCCUCUCAACAAUGGCAUCUGUCCUGAAGGCAGGAACAGCUUCAAGACUUUUGAUCUUUGCAAGAAGACCUGUUUAGCAUUUGGACAUGGAGAGCCAGUAAAGCACUAGUAGCUGUCAGACUAACCAUUUACUGUGAUGGCUUAGGCAAAUGCGUCCCUCUGACAUGCUUCAACAAUCUCCCUGCUUCAGAGAAUAGAGCAUCUCACAGCUACCGGGCACCUCAGGCAUCAUCUUGUCUCCUGCCUACUUCUCCAGAAUCUCCUCUCCAAUACCCCAUUGCAAGCAGGUCUCCAACUUCUGCUUGAAGGACUCCAGAGAUGGGGAGCUCACUCCCUUCUGAGGCUACCCAUUCCAGUCUUGCCUAUCAAGAAGUUUGAUCAUAUACACAAAGUCCUCCAGAAAGUCAGCCCCAAACCACAGAUUAGAUUCCCUCUAGCCUGACUGAUACUUCUUAGAAGUGUGAGCCCGGGCCAAGCAUUUUAGCUUUACUAGUCUUACUUUUCUCAUCUGUCAUGUGAGGGGUGGAAUUGAGGGCUUCUGAGCAGGUGGAUCUCACAUUGUGAGCAGAUAGGGUGAAAUGACUUGUUAAGGUCACACAGCUAAGAAGUGAGGGAGAAAUGAACCCUGUACUGUUCGGUACCCAGAUAAUGCUCUUUCCUCUAUACUAUGUUACCUUUCUUGAGUCCUUUAAGAAUUAUGUUUUUCCUAGGUUGAAAUACUCUUUGCUCCUGCGAAUAAAGCAUUUUAAAAUGAA